GGUGGGGCGGGGAGGGCGAGUCGAUCAGCCGGGCCUCGCUUUCUCUGGCCGCUUCGGCAUCUCUGAUGUCUCUCCGUCUCCGGCACUCCCUCCCAGCUGUGUUGUCCGCCUAUCUCUUUUGCCCCAUCCAUAGAGACACACUCACCAGCGCCCCUCUGCAUACCCUCUCAGCUGACACACUAGAAAGGUCUGUUAUUAGUAGUUGGCAUAUUCGCCUUUAUUUUGCGGAAACUCGGCAAUCCCCCCGGAGGAGCUUGGCUCGGCAAUCGGCUCGCCAAUCAUGGAUGAUGAAGAGGAGAUCCCUGUAAAGUACAAGCUCGACGGAGAAACCGAAUGGCAGGUCAAGAAGGAGGCGGUGAUGAAGCUCGGCAAGACUGAGUGGGCGAUCCGUCUGAAACUGUGCAAGCAAGGCGAGAAUCACAGCUACUACUCUCUCCACGUGGCAGCACUCACUCCAAACCAAGUGUCUCGGCUGCAAAUAAAAUGCACACAUCAGGUCGAGCCGCCAGUCGUUGACUGGGAGCAGGAGUACACAUUUGGAGGAGCUCACACCGUAUUGGUCAAUCCUUGCCUGUUGAAGAUUGCCGAACAGAAGGAAAAGAUGACGUUUGUCGUAGAGCUCAAAUUGCUAAAUGACUCUGAGAAAAAGCCAGAAAAACCGUUCGAAUGCGAAAAGGAGAUCAAUUUCCCCGGCGGCGACUUCAUUCUGAAAUCUGGAAACCGGAAGCUGAAAAUCAACUCGGCGUACGUGAAGCGUCGGUGUCCAUUGCUGGGCUAUCUCUUCGAGAACGAGGAGACCAAGGAGUAUGACGUUGGUGACGUGGAAUUUGAAGAUCUUGUGGACAUUUUUGGCAUUUUUCAGAACAGAUGGGAGUUGGAAGCCGACCGUAUGAUCCAUUUAAUCCCAAUUGCUCGAAAAUUCGGCUUCGACAUCUGGGGAAAAUCUUUGAACCGUGAAUUCAGCCAACUUAUGCACCGCCUGGACCCCGUGGAAAUUGUGGCGGAGCCCAACGAGGAACCCGUGAAAUUUGAGUUCAACACAACUUUGAAAUGGGCUAUUGAUGAUUUCGAGUUGAUCGGGCCGUCAACACUGCCGAAAAAUCAGAAUUUGAUGGUCACAUGGGAGGAGCAGAAUCGGAAUUGCAUUAUCUACACCUACACCCAGGAGAUCCUAGGCGAGAAGUACGUCUCCCUGGGCUUCCAAAUGAGCCGCCCAUCCACCUCCGCCACCACCAGCGACGACGACGACGACGAGGAGGAUGUGAAUGUGAUCGACGACGAGUCGGUCUACUCGGAAGAUCAACGUGUCAAGUACUUCGACAUCGACAUUCACGUCAUCAAUGAGAACGGGCGCCGCUUACACAGUGACCGGAUCCAAAGGAUCCGCGACGACGAGUAUACCAUCGUGGGGACACCGAUCUUCGCCUACUUCGACCACCUCUGCCAAUACCUCGACGAAGAUGGGGCCCUACUGAUGGAGAUCAACUGGAUCGAGAAUCAUGACAUGGUAUCUGAUGACGAGGAGGAUGACGACCUAGACUUCAGCAAAUUGCAGAAGCCGCGGCUGAAAAUGCCAGGCUUGACCAAUUGCUUCCUCCGCUGUGAAGGUCAGCUGAUCGAGGUGAACCGUGAAUUUCUGGCUCACAGCUCUCAGUACUUUUCGGGGCUCUUUUCGAAAAACUUCCGUGAAGGCUACGAGCGUACCGUUAACCUAACCUACGAGCAUCUGCCUACCUUGAAGCUUGGGCUCCAGGUGCUGUACAAUCGCCGGCUCCCGCUGAAUGAUGUGGAAAUCUCGCGGGUGCUGGAUUUUGCGGAUCGGAUUUGUGCGAAAAGUGUUAUGGAGAGCCUGCAGAGGCAACUGUGGAGCUGUAAGAAUAUGAGCUUUGGAGAUAAGAAAUGGUUGGCUGAGGAGUUUAUGCUCACGGAUUUGAAGAUAAAAUGCACAAUGGAGCAAAACGAGGAGAUGCUCCGCGUCACCCGCGUCACCCGUAAACGCCCACGUCCAGUCGAUUUCGAGGAUGACGUCAUCGAGCCGCCCCCGCAACCGCGGGUACCGGUGAUUAGUAGAAGACGUUUGACACGUUCAUCCGGCUCACCGAGAACUAAUGUUUUGUAAAGAAAAAUUUUUUUCGAAAAAUUUCGAAAAAUUCAAAAAAUUCCCAAAAACACAUUUUUUCCCUUAGUGCUUCUUUAAAUUCCCACUUUACCAAUUCCCACGAUCCCCCGUUUUUCCCCGCCCCCAAAAUGUGUUCUCCUCUCGAAAAAAAUUUGUUAUUACACAUUCGCCAAAAAUUUUCAGUGAAAAAUUUUUACUAAUGUAUAAUAAAAAAUUUUUUCUUGAAAUUCUCGAUUUUUCUCAUCACACUUUCUCAAGGUAUCCAUUCCCUGUAUAUUUUCAAGGCCACGCCCCUUUCUUUAAGCUCCGCCCACUUUUUUCCAGUUUUUUCACUGUCGUAGAUUUUUUUCUAUGUAAAAAUGUAACUUUUUCUGCCUCUGUUUCUAGUUUUUUUUUCAAAUUUUUCAAAUUUUUUCAAUGUCCCCCCACCCUGCCACAAAUCAGGCUCCGCCCCCUUUGAUAAAUAAUAGGCACCGCCCCUUUUCAGCCUUUCCUUAGGGUUCUGCUUCUUUGUGUACAUAAAAAAAUUGUAAAUAAAUUCUGAAAAAUAUUUAUUUCAGAAA